AUGGACGAAUUCGCCAAUGAACUAUUCAGCGACGGCGGCGACGGUGCCGACGAAGCAUACGAAGAUGCCACAUACCAAGAAGAUAUGAUGGAAGAUCACGAUAUUAUCUCAGUAAAUCUCCGCGGUGCAGAUAAAGAGCAAGUGAGCCCGCACUCAGCCUCACAGAUGAUACGGCGGGCGAUCAUCCACGAAGCCCAACACGCAGGCUUCGAGCGAGCCACCGAAGAUGCCAUGAUCGAGAUUGAGCGACACGCCGUCUUCUGCAUAGAGAGUCUUGCCAAAAUGACCAUGCAAUACACAGAAAAUGCCUACAGGACUGAAGCGACGCUGCAUGAAGUCAGUGAAGCUUUCAGCGACGUCGGUAUGACUGCCUCAGAAAUGAACCCGAUAGCAGAGCGCAACCGCGGUAUUAAAUCGACUAAACUGCUCCCGACGCCUAUAUCGACAAUGCAUCAAUUCAAGGACCCAACCGAGGAUUUCUUGCCAAGUGACGAUGAGCAGGAUCCUGAGUAUCGCAUGGUGCAGCAGGAAGCUAUGGAUAAAAUGCUCGAGCUCGCACCGUAUGGUAUAGGUCCGCGUUUGCCUCCAAGACAUGCUUACCAUCGUACUGCCGUCUAUCCCACUCCACAUAGGACUCAGACGCCUUUGGCGCACUUGGAUAGGAAGCAGAAUACAAGCAGGCUGGUUGAAAGGGCUCUUAAGUCGCUGAUUGAAAGGACUCAGGUGGCUACAGAGUCCUCCCUGAUGGCGAAGAAUCAGCAGGCGCUGGGCGAAAGCCUUGAUGACGAUGACGCGGGUAUAGUGCCAGUCCAAGAGAAGAAGGACGACGUUAGUGCUGGAGCAGAGCAGGAAGGACAGAAAGGGCAGCUGCCAGCAUCAACAGCAGCGCCUCUUCAGCCUAGCACGAGUGAGCCAACUGAGGCUCAAGCAAUGGAAGGUGUCCAGGUGGAGAAAAAGUAUGGUGAAGCUGCACCAAUAGUACCUGAGGUAGUGCAACCGCAAGUCGAGGAGACGCCUGCUGAGCCAAAGCAGAGCGAUCGUCAGCGGCCGGAAGAGGCAGGAGCGGGAGAAGCAAACGAAGAGCAGCAGCAGCAGCAACCAGAAUCAAUUGCUGUAAUUUCUGCAGGGUCCGCACAACCAGAGCAACCAGAGCAACCAACACAGCCGUCUGAACAAACAUCAAGAUUACCACCUACACAAGAACCAACAGAAGUGGCAGAACCAUCCACACCUACGAUCACUCAAAGUGAACCGUCUCAUACAACUCUCGAAAAAGAAAAAGAACCUUCAACCAAAACAAAUGGGGCGGACUCGCCAAUGAAAGAGCACACGAAGCAAGCCAAUAAACCACCCUGGCUGCAGAAUAUACAGAUCGACGCGAAUAUUCUUAAAGAGCUGCCACUCGAAUUUGGGAUAGUUAAUUUUGGCGAUGCUGGUGAAGCACUUAACACUUCUUCGAGCAUGAACAUGCCAUCGAAUGGGCGGGGUGGAGGCCACGCGCAGCUGGUACCAACCGAUAGUGAUGCAUCGGGGUAUGAGUCGCGCGUAAAGAGGAGACGCUGGAAGGUGUAA